AUGGCGUCCAGUAUCGAGAUGGCGUCCAGUAUCGAGAUGGCGUCCAGUAGCAAGGAUAAACAGCUUGCCUCAAUAGCCCCCGGCCCUGGACCAUUGCGAGAGAUUCGGCCUUUGACGAAGAACAAGAAGAGUUCCAGCGCAUGUUUGCCUUGUAAACAGGCUAAGAGAAAGUGUACUGGACGACCGGCUUCAUGCAAAGCAUGCGAGGCUACCAACGGAAACUGUGUGUUCAAUGAACACCUUGACCUGCGACGAAAAAUCGCAGCCCAGAAGGCGCAAGUCGACCUAGAACGCUAUCAGAAAUUAUUGUGGGAUCUCCUGGAAUACCUGCGCACAGCAAACGACGAGCGGAUAUAUCGGGUUCUCGAAAUCAUACGCGCCGGCGGUAACGUCGAGAAAAAUAUCAGCCUUAUCAUUCAGCCAGCUCUCGCCGAGGGUUCACCAGUUGAUGACAUGGCUGUCGACGCAAGUGAUACCAGCUCAGACGACUAUAGAGUUCGCAAGGACUCGAGAAUAACGGUCGAAAAGCUGUGUGAUAAUCCACUUUUCCAAGUGUCAUGCAAACCCUGGACUAAAGUGACGAAAGAUGAUCACCUCGUCUCUGGUUUGGUAUCAUUAUAUUUCACGUGGGACCAUCCGCUUAUGCAGGUGGUUGAUCAGGAAAUGUUCUUGCACGAUAUGACUGCUGGUGAUCUUAGUUCAGAGUUUUGCAGCCCUGUCCUUGUGAAUAGUAUUCUCGCGGUGGCCUGUGUAAGUUGUUUGACCUUUUCGAUUUGCUCUCUGGCCUUUCUGACUUUCGACAAGACAUAUUCUCCUUACCCUGAGGUAUACGCCGUGCCUGGUGAUGUAGCUUCUCGAGGUCAGCAUUUCUUCGAGGAAGCAGACGCCCGUUGGAAAGCUGAAGAAGGCCGACCUUCUUUAGCAAAUAUUCAAGCUCUGGCGUUGAUUAGCCACAGCUUGAAACUCCAAGGGAAGGAUAAUGCUAGCUGGCUUUAUCUCAGACAAGCCGUUCAGCUCGGGCAGGACAUCGGCCUUUUCGAUAUACCCAAAUCGAGGCAUAAUGACUGGGACCAAAUGCCUGAACGUAUCAGACAUGCUAGUGCACGGACUGCUUGGAGUAUCUUUAUCCUGAACUCGUAUGUGGCUCAGGCCCAAGAAGUGUAA